UGUGUUAUCCCCCUGGAGACGUAGAUGAAGAUGGUGUGAUAUAUGAUAUUCACGUGUACGUGUCGCCGGAGCGGAGUGUGUGUACACGUGUCCAGCUGAGUGUGUGCUAAAGGAAGCUAACAGGAAGUGGUGAAGCGUCGCUUAAUGAACGAUUAAUGAACUUUGGAUCAAAGUGUCACUGUUGUUAACUUCUACAACAUGCAGCUGAGUGCGUUGUCUCUACUGACUGAACACAGACAUGAGAGGAAGUCUACAAUCAGGUGAAGGGUAAAAGGCUAAGAAGAUGAUGGAAGAGAGUGGGAUUGAGACGACACCUCCUGCUAGUCCUACACCUCCUCUGGUGGUGGCUGCAGCAGUCGGCGCCCCACCACUGACCACAGGUGUGUCAAGCCCUCUGUCGGUCCCCGGCUCCAGUUCCAUGUCCAUGGGUUCCCCCUCAGUGGCCACCACUCUCCCCCCUCCUUCUCUGACAGCCCCCCCCUCCCUCUCCUCCCAGUUCCCCCCUCCCUCCACUCUCACGUCCCCCUUCCCCAGCCGCUCUCCCUUCCCUCCGUCCACCUCCCCCAUCAGACCACUUCACCCCUCAGCUCCUGGUGGGCUGGCCCCUCCUGUAGGCCCACCGAUACCCAGCUUCUCCAUGAGCGCAGGAUAUGACAUCACACGAGGUCAUGCCGGUCGAACGCCACAGACACCACUCAUGCCAACGUUCUCCAGCCCUACCACCAUGCCAGGUGUCAUGUCCAACGCCAUGGUCCAGCAGCCGGCCAUGACAGGAGGAUUAGACACUGGAUCUCCCAUCACUUUCCCCGAGGAGCAGGAAGAUCCCAGAGUGCCUGGAGACAUCGGCACUGGUGGAGGCAUCUGGGGCUUCAUCAAGGGAGUCGCAGGAAACCCUGUAGUGAAGACAGUCCUGGACAGAACUAAACACUCUGUGGAGUCCAUGAUCACCACUCUGGAUCCUGGCAUGGCUCCGUACAUCAAGUCCGGUGGGGACAUUGACAUUGUGGUGACUUCGGACAAGGAGCUGAAUGUGGAUGCGGUCAGAGACGCCUUCCAAGAGGUGUUUGGGAUGGCCAUGGUCACCGGAGAGCCCGGUCAGUCCAACAUCGCCCCACAGCCCGUGGGCUAUGCAGCUGGUGUCAAGGGGGCUCAGGAGCGAAUCGACAGCCUGCGUCGAGCUGGUGUGAUCCAUGAGAAGCAGCCGGUCGUCUCGUUGGAGAGCUUCAUUGCUGAACUCUUUCCUGACAAGUGGUUUGACAUCGGCUGUUUGAUCCUGGAGGACCCCACUUACAGCAUCCGUAUUGAGGUCUUCACCCAGGCAACGCCUCUGGCUCUGGACCACGUCCAGCAGGCUCAGUCCCUGACUCCUCCUGACUACAGUCUGCGCUGGUCCGGUCUGAUCGUUCCAGUGGGUGAGGUCCUGGAGCGCUGCCUGCCCAACAUCAACAGAACAGACUGGCAUCAGGCCAUGACGGGCAUGACCCGACGCCAGAUGAUCCAGAGUGCUGCCAAAGCUCUGGCUGGAAUCUACAAACAGCAGCUGCCGCCCAGGACUGUGUGAGGCUGAAGGUUUCAGCAUUUGUCUCAGACUGAGAAACAGGUGGAGGCACGUUGGAGUGAAAGGCGGUCAUGGGACAGAAGGUUCCUCGUUGCUCCCAUCAGUGUCCCGUCUGUGUCUGCGGGGCAAAGCCAAAUGCUCUUUACUUUAAAGUGAUGUUUACUGACAUUUCAGCGUGUCAGUUGAGUUUUCGUGAAACGCCUUUUCGAUAACAAAUCAAUUCUUUGUUGCCAGCUCAGUCUUUACAGAAGACUUAAUUAUCAACUGAUCAUCUCUUCAUUUCCCUGAGGGAUUUUUACACCAUGUAAAUGAAGAUCAACAACCCUAAACUUAACUGUGGCCAUAUUUAGUUUUAUUGUUUUGUUUAGCAAUGCUUAACGUUUUUUAGAGAUUAUUAUGUAGACUGUGUCCCAGUUGUGUUCUAUACUCUAGAGCUUGUAACAGAGCCAAAGAGACGCAAACAGAGAGAGAGCACCCGACCUUCCUGACCCACUGAAUACUGUUAAUUUGACCUAAUCACACUCAAGUGGAAAUACACUAUUCUGGCAAAUAGUACACAAGGUGGUGUCGCUCCCGUUCCUGUGUUUGUAAUUAAUACUACAUUUAUGUCAUGAUUUACUCUGUGCUAAAUUGAUUGAGCACAAAUUAUUUGGGAAAAUACAACAUGUAAACUUUAAGAAAUAUAAUGGUAUUAAAGAUGUAUAUCUGAUUUCCACAAUGAACGUCUGAGACAGUUUCCCACUGAAGAUUUUGAGAGGAUUGAGUCCACAUGAAGCAGUUGUGAGUCGGUCCGACGAGUCAGACGAACAGAACAUGUUCACUUUGACUGUUCCUCUACUUCACAUGAUGCACUAAAGCCUUUAAGACUCGGUAUAUAUUGUGCAGCUGGGACACAAUUAGAAUCGUCUGAUGGGUCAAAUGAUGUCAUCACGUUUUCGAUGACAUAACAUACACGUAUUCACUCUUGGUUGUUUUUUUUGCAGAAUAUUGUUGUCCUGUAUGCAUUUUACUCAUGAACACAUUCUGAUAGUGAGUCAUUGCAGCGCGGAUGCAAAUUUGUCAACAUUUGUCAAAAUUGGGUGAUUUGGGUUAUUAGUGUUGAUAUGCUGAGUUCAGUGCAACAGAACCUCGAUGGGCUCAGACGACAUGUGGAGCUGUUGAUGAGCCUGAAGAUGUUGAGAUGUAGCGAUUUGGACGUAACGACGAGUGUCAAUAUUAACUAACAUACUUGACUGACAUAAUUAAACCAUGUGAAUGUGAGAUUAAAUCACAAGAGAAUGGUUUGUGGGCAUGGAGCUCCAUAAAGCUUCCAUUCUUCACGUAAUUUACAUCGUUGAACAUGAAGGCUUGUGACAGUCUCCUCAUAAUGUUAGGGGGCAAAUUUAAAUGAAGUGAGGUUUUGUUGUUGUAGUGGUUGUGAAAUCUUUUUUUUUAUUGAUGUCAUCAUAGCUAAGCCCUGUCUUAAAGUUCACCCAGCAGCAGUAGCUGUCAUGUCCGAAAUCCGAUUGAUCAUUGGCCCUGAUUAACAUCCCUCUGGUGAUCCGAUUACAAGUGGACUUCAUCUCGGAUGAACGGAGCCGUUGUCACCUGUUUCACCCCUGAUGAGUUUGCAUCCUCGCUACAGUAACCUGCGAUCUGAUCAGAGGGAAGUAGGUCAGAGGUCACCGUUCUGUUGAUGAAGUGUGUCCUCUCACCGUGCCUUUUUAAGUCAAUAAAAUGAAUUACUUUUUU